AUGGAGGGGGAGCUCUGCGGGAGGAGGAGAGAGGAGACGGAGCUCUUCCCUCCUCUCCAACUCCAAGUACUCACAGCCGAGUCCUUCUAUCUGGCUGUCAAGAGUCAGACAAAUGUUUGCCAAACUAAAAAUACAGUUAAUUACGGCGAGAGGGGCCUCUACAUCAAGACCAAGAAGGUCGACAAGGUCGAGGGCGAGGCCUACGUCAACGUGCGCAAGGGGAAGAUCAUCCCCGGCUACGAGAUCAGCCUUACGCUCGCCUGGGAAGGCGAGGCCAAGGACGCCGACGGCAAGUCCUUGCUCAAGGCCGAUGGGCUUGUCGAGAUCCCCUACAUCGCCGACGAGAACGCUGACGAGGACCCGGACCUGAGGGUCUCGGUCAAGGACGAGGGACCCAUUGGGAAGAGGCUCAAGGAGGCCAUGCUGGCCAAAGGGAAGCCCUUGAUUUUGGUGAAGGUCAGGGUCUACGUGGAGAGCAUGGCUAAAGGUGGGCCUGCCAAGGAAGAUUUGGAGAUCAAGAAGGUCGCGCCCAAGGCUCAGCCCGCGGAUUCUCCUGCGGCGGCGACCACGGCGAAGCCAAAGGAGCCGGUGGUGGAGAAGAAGAAGAAGGCGAAGAAGAAGGGGUUCAAGACGAUAACUUUGACGGAGAAGUUUAGCUGUAGAGCGGGGUACUCUGUAUGAGAUUCUGAUGGAUGAGAAUCGGUAGAAGGGUUUUACGCAGAGCAAUGCGAGGAUUAGCAAAGAAAAAACAGUAAAACAGUAAAACGAAAAAACAAAAUUGAAAUCGUCGCCUGAGAGAUUCGAACUCUCGCGGGGAAACCCCAUGUACUUAGCAGGCACACGCCU